CAAGUGGAAUAACAUGAAAAUGCUGACCGUGUUUUAUUUACUGCUGAUCCUCACAGUGGGGCGAUGCUCAGAUGCUCAGAUCUUUGACAUGAAGACUGUUGGUGUUGGAGAUGAUGUGAAUUUCAUGUGUACACGCGAGACAUCUUCAGAGUUCAAAGCAACUUUUUUUUGGUUCAGGCUAGUUUCUGGAAACAUGCCUGAAUUCUUGGGAGGAACAUAUUCCUUUGAUUAUAACGGUGUUAACAAGCCACCUCGCAUGACAACAAAACAAGAACCUGGAACAUUUCUUCUGCAAAUUCAUGAGACAAAGCUCAGCGACACUGGACUUUACUACUGUAUAAAAAUAAAUGAACUUAGCCUGACGUUUUUGAAAGGAACAUUUCUGAGGAUUAAAGGACCAGAACCUGAUAUCACGGCUGUCAUUCAAGUCCCUCCAUCUGAUCCAGUCCAUCCAGGAGACUCAGUGACUCUGCAGUGUUCAGUCCUCUCUGACUCUGAGAAUAAAAUCUGUCCAAGAGAACACAGUGUGUACUGGUUCAGAGCCGGAUCAGAUGAAUCACAACCCAGUUUAAUUUACGCUCAUGGAAACAGUGGUGAUGAAUGUGUGAGGAGUCCUCAGACUCACUCUCCACAGAAAUGUGUCUACAGCUUCUCUAAGAACGUCAGCUCCUCUGAUGCUGGGACUUAUUACUGUGCUGUGGCCACAUGUGGGGAGAUAUUAUUUGGAAAUGGAACAAAGCUGGAGAUUGAAGCCUUCAACAGGCAGGAUCCACUUCUAUUUCUGCUGUGUGUUGCUUUGGCUCUGAGUCUGAUCGUCAUUGCCUUCCUGAUUUAUAUCUUCAAGAAAAAAUCUGAUACUGUCGCUGUUCUGGAAACAAAUGCUGCAACAGCUAGCAAUCCGCAAAUUCAGCAGAGAGAUGAAGACCAUUUGGCUUAUGCUGCACCGACCUUCACCAAGAGGAAAGCUGGCAAAGCAGAGAGAAGGAAUGUAAAAACAGCAGAGGAAGAAACAAUCUACUCUGGUGUCAGGACUUUUGGGACAGAUUAACAUGGAUUAAUAUCAUUUUUUAUCCUGAACAUUGUGGAAAAUAUUCUGCUUCACAUCAAUAUUUGCAUCUGAUAUUAGUAAGUAACAAGUAACUUUUUAUUUGGAUGAACGUUAAAAAAUACAAUUUUAAUCAUUUCUACAUAGUUUGUUUAAUCUGGUUCCAAUCAAUGUAUGACCAUACCAAUGUAUAUCCUGCUAUUUUCUAUGAUAAUGGAAAAAUAUCCAUUAAAUAGUUUUAAAAGCUUUCUGUAAUUUUUGUGAUUAUUCUGUACAAAAAGCUUUAAC